CCCUCAGCUCGUAUAAAACCAGCUCCCCUCUAUCCUUUGCAUCCCUCUCUUCUCCGUAGUGCUCACAAAAAGCUCGCUCGCGCGCACCGGCCGCCACCAACAACAACACACCGGCCAAUAGCUAGAGCUUCUUCCAACAUAUAUUUACGUUGGAUUUGAGGCGGCGGUGGGCGGGAUGGGGAGGUCGCCGUGCUGCGAGAAGGCGCACACGAACAAGGGCGCGUGGACCAAGGAGGAGGACGGCCGCCUUGUCGCUUACAUCAAGGCUCACGGCGAAGGGUGCUGGAGAUCCCUCCCCAAAGCCGCAGGGCUGCUGCGGUGCGGGAAGAGCUGCAGGCUGCGGUGGAUCAACUACCUGCGGCCGGACCUCAAGCGGGGAAACUUCACCGAGGAGGAGGACGAGCUCAUCAUCAAGCUCCACCAGCUCCUCGGCAACAAGUGGUCGCUGAUCGCGGGGAGGCUGCCGGGGCGGACGGACAACGAGAUCAAGAACUACUGGAACACGCACAUCAAGCGCAAACUGCUCGCCCGCGGCGUCGACCCGCACACCCACCGCCCCCUCAAUGCCGCCGCCGCCAACGCCAUGCCACCCCACCAACAACAACUCCAGCCGCACUUCGCCGCCGCCGGACAUAACCACCAGCAGGACCAUCCCCCGGCCUGCAGCAGCGGCAGCGGCAGCGACGAAGACGACGAGCCGUCCGGGUCCGCCACGCCGCCCCCGUCGCGGCAUGCCGGCCUCGGCAUCGACCUCAACCUCUCCAUCAGCCUCGCGCCCUACCAGCCGACGUCGCAGGAGCCGGACCGGCCAGCGGCGGCGGUGUGCCUGUGCUUGAACCGGCUCGGGCUGUUCCAGGACGACGCCGGCGGCAAAGGGUGCAUCUGCGGCGCCGCUGAGCAGCAGCAGCAGGCCAGCGCGCAGCGGCAGCACAUGUUCAGAUUCAUCGCGCCACUAGAGCAGGGAGGCCAAUAGUAAUAUAGGAUUAGUAGUCCCAGUAGUAAACAGUAACAUUGACAUGAGGGAAUCGACCGAUCGGACAUAUAUUACUUUUUUUUAACUAAACCCACACAUGCUUAACUAGUUAACUAUCAUCAGUAGCUCUCUGUAGCAUGUUCAUGAGGAAAUUAAAUCUACUCUUCUUCUUUCUUCUUUUCCAUUUGCAGCUAGCUAGCCUGGGUCAAAUUAGUGUAUUGAUCGUGCAUCAUCAGUCAUCUGGGCUCAUGACUCGGGCUAUACUAGUAGUGCUACCUAACUACUUUUGCUUGCCUCUUUUAAUGCUAUACCUAAACCUGCAUCUUCUUUC